AUGUCCACCCGUCUAACUGCACUUCCCUGUCUGCUGGCUUCAGGAUUCCCUCGUGGCUCCCGCUCCUCCUGCAGAGCCCGCGCGCACACUGCAGACUCCCGCGUGCAGCAGCUGCAGGAAACACCUGUCAGAGAGCUGCAGCUGCUCCCUCACAGCGCAGGUCGUUUGCCCUCUCCUCUGCCUGCAGGUGGAAGGACCCCAGAGGAGUUCAGCAGCAGUGGGCACCAGGAGGAAGAGGAGGAGGAAGAUGUCAUCGAUGAGCGCGAGGUGGAGGAGCUGUUCAGGGCUCAGGCUCCCGCAGGGUUGGGAGCGGAUCAGCAGCACAGGGUGUUCAUCGUGCACCCGAAUGUGAAGUGGGGGAGACAGAAGCAGCACCUGACCACAGCUGAGCUGAUGAUGGCCGAGGCGGUGGGGCUCGUCAACACGCUGGAGAACUGGAGCGUUGUGGACAAGAUCAUCCUCUCCACCAAAACACCACAGAAGAAGAACAUAUUUGGCAAAGGCAACUUCCAGACUCUAACGGAUAUAAUCCGGCAAACAGCCGGAAUCACUGCCGUGUUUGUGAACGUGCAGCGUCUGUCUGCUUUGUCGGAGAAAGAGUUUGCGGAGACGUGGGGGGUGAAAGUGUUUGACAGAUACUCGAUGGUUCUCCAAAUCUUCCGUCGCAACGCCAGGACCAAAGCAGCCAAGUUACAGAUCUCUCUGGCAGAGAUCCCCUUGUUAAGAUCUCGUCUGAGAAAUGAAAUGGCGAACUUGGAUCAGCAGGGUGGAGGGUCCAGAUACAUCGGAGGUUCAGGUGAGACGCUGAUGGAGGUGCAGCAGAGGCUGCUGAAGGAGCGCGAGAUGAAGAUUCGCUCUGCGCUGGAGAAACUGCGGCGAAAGAGGCACAUGCUGCGAUCUCAGCGUCUGAACAAGGAGUUCCCCAUCGUCUCCGUGCUGGGAUACACAAACUGUGGAAAGACGACGCUGAUCAAAGCGCUGACAGGCGACAGCGCUCUUCAGCCCAGGAAUCAGCUGUUUGCCACGCUGGACGUCACCGUCCACGCCGGCCAGCUGCCCUGUCACAUGACCGUCCUGUACGUGGACACCAUCGGCUUCCUGUCCCAGCUGCCCCACCAGCUCAUCGAGUCCUUCUCCGCCACGCUGGAAGACAUCAAACACUCGGAUCUGUUGCUUCACGUCCGAGACAUCAGUCAUCCGGAGACGGUGAAUCAGAAGGUGAACGUGCUGAGCGUCCUGAAGAACCUGCAGAUCCCCGACAGGCUGAUCAGCUCCAUGAUAGAAGUCCACAAUAAGAUCGACCUCGUUGACAACUAUCAGUGCACAGAGCCCGACGUGCUGCACGUGUCCGCCCUGGCAGAGCGCGGCCUGGACGAGCUGAAGAAAGUUGUAGAAGAAGAAAUCAUAACCUCGACAGGAAAACACAUUUUAGAUCUCACGGUCGACCUCGGCACGCCUCAGCUGAGCUGGCUGCACAGGGAAGCCACCGUCCAGGACGUGCAGGUGGACGCGGACGAAGGCUCGGCCGUCGUCAACGUCAUCAUCAGCACUGCUGCUUACGGACGCUACAAGAAACAGUUCCCAGGCCGAUAGAAGAGCAGCGGCGGAUCUGCUGCGUCACAGCUGACUGCAAACUCCAAGAGGCAACAGACAGAACUCGGAUCUGAUUCUUUUCUCCUGUUUGUGACUUAAAGGGACAGUUUGUAGGAUUUGGCGACAUCUAGUGUUGCAGCUGCAGACUGCACACGCUCACCCCUCCCCUUUAAGACAGCGCUAACGAGCUGCCGGGUGUGAAACAAGGAUAACGCCGUAAAGGCUCGGACAUACUUUCCUCAUGUGGAUGUGCACGUAGUUACCUUCAUACUACAAACGAGGGUCUGUGUCCGUUUCCAUUCCGAUCCAUGUUACGCUGUUCUUCUUCUUCUUCUUCUCCUUCUUCUUCUUCUCCUCCUUCUCCUUCUCCUUCUCCUUCUUCUCCUUCUCCUUCUUCUUCUUCUGCUUCUUCUCCUUCUUCUUCUUCUGCUUCUUC